AUGGCGGUCAGCGAUCGGCCGUCCCGCAUUGGGACGGAGACGCACAACAAUAACCGACCACCAAAGAACGAUGAGCAUUGGAGUAUAACGGCGACCAACAUUUAUACAACAAAGCAAAAUCUCGAGAUUGUCAUAGAUGAUCGUCUAGAGCAGAAGUGCCGACAAGUUUGCAACUACGUGUCCCAUGUCCUACCAUCGGAGUCGGAUUCCAGAUCUACAACAGGAACAUCACCGGUAUGA